AAAAUAGGAUACUUUCAAUUUAAUACUUGCACAAAGAAAAGGAAAAAUGCAGGCUAUAAAGGAAAAGUUGAAUGACAUGAGCACCAUGCGCAAGGCCAAGGCUGAAGCAAAAGAGGAAGAAAAGGCGGAGAAAGAGUUGGCUAAAGCGCGGGUUGACGUCGCUCACGAGGUAAGACUGGCAAGAGAAGCUGAAGCUGCAAUGGAUAUUCAUGUGAACAAAGCUGCAGAAAAGGUGGCUCAACACGAAAGAAAACACGCACAAGACAGCACAAAUCGCCAACAAUACGGUGUGGAAAACAGUAGCAACCCGAGUAAUGUUGGACAUUCCACUGUUCCAACACAUGGGGAGGGGACACAGGCGGCCGCCUACGGCUGGGACAUGGCUGAUCUUGGCUCUGCCGGAACAGGUGGCCCAACUAGCAUGCCUGGCGGUCCUCCAGCAAAACACUUGCUAUAGACAGUUAUUUGCUAUCUGAUGUUGACCUAAGAAUAAAAAGAGUAAUUGCUCUUGACUGAUAUAAUUUUUGUUUCAAGGUUGUUUUCAUUUAUGUUUCUUCGAUUAUGUUAUUGUUUUUAAUUCUUAAUUUGCUUUGUCUAGCCAUGCAAAUAGAAUUAAGUUAGUUGUACAACCAACUUGGUAAUGUAUGUGUUGAAAAGAUCUUUGUUGUUGAUUUCAAAAACAAUUUUUCAAAUAAA